UACUCGCGAUGCACAACGCGGAAGUGAGCCGGGCCGCAGUCAGAUCCGGGGAGGAAGGCUGGAUGAAGCCGGGGGCUGCCGCAGGGAGUCGGGGCUCGUUCCCGCUCCUUGGUCCCUGUGAGCGGCGGGAAGGAGCCGCCGGGGACUCGCGCUGUAACCGCCCCGGGGUGCCUGGGCUGAGCUAGAGCGGGAGCCCCAGGCCUAGGAGAGCCAGGCGCCUGGGGACAGCGGGGGAGGCUCAGGGGCUCCCUGGGGCUGCGAUGUUCAGGGCACAAGCCUGACCUGGGAGUCCUUAGAUAGAGAAGCCAUUGGGGGGUUCGGGGUGUCCCGUGCAGGCCGAAGGGGGGUCGAGGAAUCCGGGGACCCCUGGCAGAGCAGGGAGGGCGCUUGAAGGCUCGGGGCUGGGACCCCCGGGGGUGCCGAGGGGUCCCGUGACAGCUCUGCGGGGAGUCCAGGGGGGCCCUAGAAGUAGAGCCAUGGCCACCCGGCGUUUAACAGACGCGUUCUUGUUGUUGCGGAACAACGCGAUCCAAAACCGGCAGCUGCUGGCCGAGCAAGUGAGUAGUUACAGCUCCUCCAGCCCUCUGAAUUCACGUAGCAUGGCUGCUGCGGAGCUGGAUGAGCUUGCUGAUGAUCGCAUGGCACUAGUAUCAGGGAUCAGUUUAGAUCCCGAAGCAGCAGUUUAUGUAACAAAGCGGCUACCUCCCAAAUGGGUUGAUGGAGUGGGAGAAAUUCAGGAUGAUAUCAGCAGGAUUAAACAGAAGAUGAAAGAAUUAGCCAGUCUUCACGACAAAUAUUUAAACAGACCUACUUUGGAUGAUAGCAGCGAAGAAGAACAUGCAAUAGAAAUUACUACCCAAGAGAUCACACAGCUAUUUCACAGGUGCCAGAGAGCAGUCCAGGCCUUGCAGAGCAGGUCACGUAAUUGUACAGAACAAGAAGAACGUGUUCUCAGAAACAUAGUGUCUUGCUUAGCACAGUCGCUUCAAGACCUAUCCACCAACUUUAGGCAUGCACAGUCUGACUAUCUCAAACGCAUGAAGAAUCGAGAAGAAAGAUCCAAGCAUUUCUUCGAUACGUCAGUCCCGCUUAUGGAUGAUGGAGAGGACAGUACUCUUUAUGAUAGGGGUUUUACAGAUGACCAGUUAGUAUUGGUGGAACAAAACUCGUUAAUGGUGGAAGAGCGGGAACGAGAAAUCCGCCAGAUUGUACAAUCAAUCUCUGAUCUCAAUGAAAUAUUUAGGGACCUUGGAUCAAUGAUAGUGGAACAGGGUACAGUUCUGGACAGAAUUGACUACAAUGUUGAGCAGUCGUGUGUAAAAACCGAAGAGGGAUUGAAACAAUUACAUAAGGCUGAGCAAUAUCAGAAGAAGAAUCGGAAGAUGCUUGUCAUUUUAAUUUUAUUUGUAAUAGUAAUUGUACUUAUUGUUGUUCUUGUUGGUGUAAAGUCACAUUAGGUAACAGUUCUAUGAUUUUCUUAUUUUUGUGUGUAUGUAAUUAUUUUUCCUAAUCUGAAUGGAUGGACCUGCACUCCUGAAAGUCGCCUUUGAAUGUAUAAGCCCUAGUGGUACAAAUUCUGUGCAAUGUUUCAGUAGAACUCUUCAUAAUACAUGCUUCGGUGAUACCAGAGGUGUUUGUAAAACUUGUACAGAAAAUGUCAGGACACUUGAUAAUGCUACCAAAUUCGUCAUCCAGUUCUUUAUCCAAACAUAUUUGGAAUAUUGUGCAGUAUUUAAAAAAAAUAUGGAAAAUAAGAGUAGACGUUUACAAGAAAGUACAAUAAUUAGUAUUUCACUGUAUGCAAAAAAGUGUGCUGUUCUUUGUAGUCUUAUUUUGCAAUUUUGUAAACUAUAAAGGGUUUUAUGGGACUAUGAUUUGGAGGUUAAAUGCCUUAAAAGAUGCACAAAAUUCUAACUGUUUGAUUUCACCUACUUUUCUCCAAACUUUUAAAAAAUAUAUUUGGAUUGACCAUUAAAAAAGAAACCUCUUAAAACAGAGCAUAAUUCAACCCCUGUGAUCUUAAUUUAGAUUUUGCAUCAUUAGUAAUUAUCAAGGUAGUACUUAAAAGUGUAAAUAACAAGACUUAAUCACUGGUAUAAUUUAACACAUUUAGUUAAUUAAAAUAGCUUCCUAAUCCUAAGUAAUCAUAGGGAUAAUUUUUCCUCAUCAAAAAGAUCAUGCCAUGAUAUUUUCUAUUGCAAAUUUCUUGGUUAUAUAUUAAACACAGCCAGCUACAUUACAAUAAUUUUAAUGGUUUGCGCUAAUCCUGCAAUAGAAAGGAAAUUCUCCUUUUAGCCCCUUGUAUCCUUCAUCUGUUUCCCUCCAUCAGGUGUCCCACAACAGUGGAUGGUAGGCUGUCUUCACAUACAAGUAGUCCCAAAUAUUUACAGUACAUCUAUCCAUACACUCAUCCUAAAUAAGUAUUUCAAUAUGGGUACAAUAUGUAUUGCAGUCUUCAUAAGGGGACAAGUUUAAAAUGCAGUGUUGUCCAUGACUAAAAUGAUGUACUAGUAUGGGCAUGCAUCAGAACUUUGGUACAAAAUUUCUGGCUUGCAGUGAUUCUGCAGCAGUACAAUUUGCUGUCCGUCAGGGGAGAGAGAGAAGAGAAAUCUUGGUUUAAUAUGGUCCAAAGUGUUGCACGAUUAUAGGGGCAUUGCCUUAAUAUUUUUAACAAGGCUUUUCUGUAUUGAAUAUUUGGUUUCUCUAAGAGGCUAUAGCUUGUACUAAUGGCACUUUCGGUUCUGAUUUGUACAAUGGUCUGCAUUCUCUUGCAGUGAUGUGCCCAAAGCCACUGAAGCUCAGGUACACAAUAUAAUGAUUCUAAAAUUGUACAUGGGGGAUUGGGAUCCUCUGUCCAUAUCCGUGCACAGACUCUUGCCAGCUUUCUUCCUGUAAUGGGCCAUGUAUGCCAUCCACCAACCCCUACUUCCCUAGUAAUGAUGGUAUACAUGGGUCUUCCUUGGCAUACUUAGACAUAAUAUUAAGAUAUGGCCCUUUAAAAAGUAUUUCUAGCUAUUUAGCUAUUGAUUUUCCUUUGUCUGACAAGAUCCUCAGUCAUUAGGGUGUUUAGGGUAUCUGUUUACUUGCUGGAAUACUUCAGUGUCAGUUCCAAGUCUCUAGGUGUCAUGUAUGGCAAAUCAAACCAGACAGAUUGACUAAUGGAAAGAGGUCCAGUAAUGAAGUAGAUAUUCUCUCUUCCCCUCUCCCACCAACCUCCUCCCCCCCCCCUCCCCCCGCCACUGAAGAAUUGCAGUUAGUGGCUGCAAGGCAGAGGAGACACAUGGAGGUCCUUCAUAAUGAUUAGUCACGAUAAUUGGUGUUUUCUCUGUUAAAGCUAUUGAAGAUAUUGCAGGCUAAAGAGAAAAAUCCCUAGCGUGUGCUUAAGUUACUGCCUUUUGCAAGAUGAGUGUGCCAGGGAACUUUCUUGGAACUGGAUUAAUUUUCACUUUUUAUUAGUAGUCUCCCUUGGGAGAAACAUUUGUUGUCUUUUAUGAAUCAGGCAGAUGAUAGGAAACUAAUGGGGAGGCGGCUCAUUUAAGUGUUGUAACUGAUUUUGUGCGGGCAGAACCCUACCUAAUACAAAGUAUCUUAUGAAAUAGGAUAGAAUUCUGAGCAAGUAGUUUGACUGCAUGCAGCACCACGACCCACAGGGUUACACACUACAGACAUUUUUAAGAUAACUGCGGACUAAUGGAGUUCUUGCUGAUCAAAGUGUCCCAUCAGAAUACCUCAUUCCUUGGUCUGUGCUCAUACUUGGAAAAUGCUUAUUUGAUAUGGGGAAUAGGG